AUGACAAACAAUGAGAUACAAGGAGUCAGGAGUGACCAAAAUGAUCCUAGAGUGGCAACCGUCCUAGCCGUGCAUUUGGUUAGACAAGUACUUGAUGAAGCCUACAUAAUUGCGAAUGCAGCUCAUGAUUCUGGUCAACCAUGGCAGUAUGUCUCUGGUUUGAGAAAAAUGCGCAGAUGCAAUUUGAACGAAACAUACGAGGCAGAUUCCACCGCUCUGCCAUUGUUAACGUUUAACAAAAAGUAUUAUGAGGCGAAACUAUUUCAAACAACGAGUAAAGUUGCAACUUCUACCCCACAAAAAGUUUCAGGUCAUUCUACGAGCUUGAACGAACAUACUCUUAUUGGACAGGGGGAUGAAGAAUAUAAUAUGGACACUGAUGAAUCAAAAUCAACAUCAUUGUUCAUAACUAAUCUCUUUGAUAUGAGUGACGUCGAACGUGAUCUGAACAUAACCGAACCAGACUUAAUACAAGAAAAAGUGGAACCUAAUAAUCUUGUAAUGAUUGCAAUGAAAAAGAUCAUGGACUCCUUUGUGGAUUCUGCAAUGGAUACUGUUUUGGAUAAAGAGAUAAAGAAAGAGUCAUCCCCUGAUAUGACUAUAACAUCGAGUUAUUCUUUUUUGGAAGACGCUGAAAUAGACGACGUCAGUGAGAUAGAGAAUACAUUGGAUUUUAAAACUGAAGAAACGCAAAUCGCAACUUCUUCUAAGCAGGUACCAGAUCAAAGUGAAACACCAAAUAAACAAGACUUCGUGCGUUAUGAGAAAGCUUUCUUAACUUUAAAUCUGUCUAAAAUACUACUAGGUGACGAACAGUAUUCAGAAGAUGAUGAUGAACCGGUACUGCAAGACCCAAAAGGCCUUUCCUUACAAGAAAUCGAGCUAAUGACAAGAGGUUCAUCGGGUGAUAUUAUGCCAGAUGCUAAAGUAAUGAAAAAUAAAGAGUUCGCCGCCAUAUCUGGAGUAUCUAGUGCAGGUCUGGUUUCCAAAAAGAGCAGUAUCGUCCGAUGUUGUAGAACCCAAGGUGCAAGGCUCCUAGCUUGCUUGAGGGGCUGGUGGUGGAGGCGUAAGCUACCUGGGAAACGUAGGGAAGCGCGGAUGCAUGGUUCGAAACGAGUAGUCUGUCCCCUGUCACCAGAUACACGGCGCAGGGCAGCCAGCCUUUUGGACCAGCGACGGCUGAGGAGUCCAUCUCCAUCUCAAUCAGUCAUAUGGAAGUUUAAUACCAUUAAUGAAGCUUUAGUCCAUUCAGCUCACUGGAAGGAAUUCUCUUCCAAUAUGGAUUGCAACUAA